GAGAUGCGGUUUUCAUCUCUCCUUCUUCCUUAGAUGUGGGCUUCAUCUUCAUCUAAGAUGUGACUUCUAAGAUGCGGUCUUCAUCUUAUCCUUUGCGAGAAGUGGUCUUCAUCUCUCCUUCUUCCUCAGAUGCGGUCUUCAUCUAUGAUGUGACUUCUAAGAUGCGGUCUUCAUCUUAUCCUUUGCGAGAUGUGGUCUUCAUCUCUCUUUCUUCCUCAGAUGCGGUCUUCAUCUAGGAUGUGACUUCUAAGAUGUGGUCUUCAUCUUAUCAUUUGUGAGAUGUGGUCUUCAUCUCUCUUCUUCCUCAGAUGCAGUCUUCAUCUAGGAUGUGACUUUCAAGAUGUGGUCUUCAUCUCUCUUCUUCCUCAGAUGCAGUCUUCAUCUAUGAUGUGACCUUCAAGAUGUGGUCUUCAUCUUAUCAUUUGUGAGAUGCAGUCUUCAUCUCUUCUUCUUCUUGGGAUACGUAACUUCGUCUCUCUUUUUUCUUUUCUUUCUUUCUUCUUCUUUUUUUUUUCUCUCUUUUUUAUCUUUUUUUUUUUUUAGAUGCAACUUCAUCUUUUCUUCUUCCUAAGAUGCCACUUCAUCUAGGAUGUGAUUUUCUAAGAUGUAACUUCGUUUUUCUGAGAUGCAACUUCAUCCCUUAUUCUUCCUAAAAUGCAGUCUUCAUCUAGGAUGUGACUUCUAAGAUGCGGUCUUCAUCUUAUCCUUUGCGAGAUGUGGUCUUCAUCUCUCUUUCCUCAGAUCCGGUCUUCAUCUAGGAUGUGACUUCUAAGAUGCAGUCUUCAUCUUAUCCUUUGCGAGAUGUGUGAGUGAUCUUGGGGGUGUGUUGAUUCCUUCAAGAGUGAUCUGUAGAGAGGAUUUUUGGGGUUUAAGUGUAAAGGGGUAAGAUUUGAGAGAAACCCUUCUUCUUGUAAAGGAUUGAGUGGCUCCUUUAAGCCACCAUUGUUUUUCCUAGUGGAGAGUGUGGAGGAAAUCCUUGGUGAGUGAAGCCAAGGUAGAGAACUAGGCUCCAAGUGGUUGGACCGAACCUCUAUAAAAUCAUUGUGCAAGC